AUGUCGACUUUAACGAACAGCGAUACAGUUAUGAAAAAAAAGCGUACGCUUCAAGAUCGUGAAAUAAAAAAAGUUCGAAAAAGUUCACGUUCGGAGGAUGGUAUCAAAGAAUUGCGAGAUUCGGAAACCUUCGAGGAAGAGGCUGAUGAAUACGACUACGACUCAUCCGAUGAGGAGGAUCUUCGAAAUACUAUAGGAAACAUCCCGAUAAGUUGGUACGACGAAGAAACUCAUAUUGGAUAUAAUCAGCAAGGGGAGAAGAUAGCAAAGCCGAAAAAAAAGACCGAGAUUGACACAUUCCUUGAAAAGAUGGAAGAUUCCGAUUACUGGCGAAAAGUAUUUGACCGUCAGUCUGGGACUGAUAUUGUACUUACCGAUGAACAGGUCGAAAAGCUCACCAACCUCGCCUCAGGAAAAUAUCCCAUAAUUGGAUAUAAUCCCUGUGAGCCGUUUUUGGACAUAUUUUCAUCGGAGAGGACCAUUCAUCCGAUUGACAAUAGACCAGAUCCAAAAUCACGUUUUAUUCCAUCAAAGGACGAAAUGCUUAUCGUAAGCCGUAUGGUUCAUGCCAUCAAAAUGGGAAGAGCUAAAGGAACUAAACAAAAGUCCGAGCGAAAGAUAUACGAUCUCUGGGCUGCUGAGGAUUCUAUGGACCACAAGACCAAAUCGGAAUUAGCUCGUAUGAGGAUGCAUAUGCCAGCUCCAAAGAUGCCACUUCCAGUGCAUGCUGAGUCGUACAAUCCACCUGAAGAGUACCUGUUCGAUGAGGGAGAGAAACGGAAAUUGGAGGAAACAAUACCAGAUGAUCAGCGGUUACAGUUUAUUCCCCAGAAGUACGACGCUUUGAGGAAAGUCCCUCAGUACGAUAAAUUCUUAACCGAACGUUUUGAACGUUGCCUUGAUCUCUACUUGGCUCCAAGAAAAAUAAAAAUGAAGCUGCAAGUCAACCCCUCAGAGCUUCUUCCCGAUUUGCCGAAUCCGAAUGAUCUCAGACCAUUCCCGACAACAUUAGCCUUUUAUAUGCACGGACAUGCCGGUCAGGUGCGGUCAGUAAGUGUCGAACCAGAUCGCGGCGAGCUGCUAGUUUCGGGAGGAGCAGAUGGCACCGUUCGGCUGUGGAUGAUGGUAUCUGGUCGCUGCAUAAAGGUUCUAGUUCAAGAG